UCCCACCCCCUAUUUGUCAUCCUCACUUUCCCUUUCCCUUUGCUGGUCCUGCUGCCCAGAGGGGCCUGUGCCCAGCAGGGGAGGAGCUGUGCCAGGAGGCAGGCCACAGGAGGCGGGGAAGGUGGGUCAGAACCACAGGGGGCCCCCAGCCCAGGGCCCUCCCACCCUGCAGCCCAUGCAGGGGGAGGUGGGGCCUCAGCUGACAAGGCUGGGAGAUCGCAGACGAGGAACUUUCCUGAAGCAGGAGCCCUCUGAGCAGAAAGGCAGAGCCAGCGCUGGGGGCAGAUACCAGCAGAGAAACAGCCCAGCAGGAAGAUGACGUCAUGGAGCCUUGGCCCAGGAACCCGAUGCAGAAGUUAUAUACAGACUAUUUCGACUUUCACUUCACAAACGAGCUUGCCCCGAAAGGUCGAAAUGGCUGCUGCAUCUGCUACGAAGUGUGAGGAAACCACUGAACUAUCCCCUUGGCCAGAGGGGUCUUUGAAAACCAGCCCUCCCACCUUCAACACAUCUAUCUGGCGGAGCCUCUCCACGCAGAACAGCGUUUCCUCUCUUGGUUCAAUGACAAGUAUCGGUCCCCUCAUGCGCACUACCGUGUCGCCUGGUACGUGUCCUGGAGCCCCUGCUUGGAGUGUGCAGAGGAGGUGGUCAGCUUCCUGGGGGAGCACGAGAACGUCAGCCUGAGCAUCUCCGCCUCCCGCCUAUACAAGCGUGAUGACCAGGACCGGCAGGAGGGGCUUAGACUGCUGGACCAGGAGGGGGUCCAGGUGGCCAUGAUGUCUCCCGAGGAUUUUGAAUACUGUUGGGACAACUUUGUGGACAACGGCGGAAUGUCCUUCAGGGGAAGGAGCUGGAGUGGAACGAAGCCCACACAGGAGGACAGAGCCGCGGCGCCUGCAGGGAAAUGGAGCCAGAGGCCUGACAUCACCGCUGAUCUCAGCAGUUCUAUUUAGUGCUCUGUCCGCCGGGACCGGGGGUUCUGCCAUUCCUGACUGUGACCGCAUGGGCCUCUGUUCUGUUUCCUUUUCCCGCAGUGCGCUGAAGCAAUAAAUGUGUGUGUGACGGCAA